CGUUAUGGUAGUGGGAGGGGCUAGAUCUCACUGCAUUAUUAAAGAGUUGUUUUCUAACUUUAGUCAGGGUUAGUAUAGAGAGUUAAAAUGAUGGUUAGAUAUUAUUUCGUCGUAGCUUUAGCGUUGAAGUUUGGUUGUGUCACGACAGAAGAUCAAACUUGCGUGACUUGCAUCAAAACAAAGGACGUCACGACAACCAAGACACUUCCGCCACAGACGUGCACCGUGACGACUACCAAGCUCGCGACGUGCACUCCCUCGCAGACGUGCUACCCCAACGUGCCAGCUUGCGUCCUGAUCCCCGCGACCACGCCCUGCGUGGCGACCACAACCACGUGCUUCAAGGAGACGAGCGUGACCAAGACUGAAUUCAUUAGGCCUACAGUCACGUGCACAGAUACGACCACCAAGAUGGUGACUUGCACGCCGACAGCGAACUGCUUCCCUCUCUACAAAGCUUCCUGUCUGAAUAUGUACUUGAUGCAAGCUUGUCACACAAUCACCACCACAGUCCCAUGCAGCGAGAGCGUGACACCUACCGUAACACCCACUAGCGUGACACCCACUAGCGUGACACCCACUACCGUGACACCCACUACCGUGACACCCACUACCGUGACACCCACUACCGUGACACCCACUAGCGUGUCACCAGAUAUCUCUAGCAAUGUCUGGACCGAGACCGUCACUGUCACAUCUACCACUACUGUGACGGCACUUCCUCCUCAUGCAACCCCCGCCGCCCCUACCACCUCUGCCGCCCCAGCACCGUCUCCUGCAGCGCCCCAACCCGCCAUGACAGCCAACAAGAAACAAGCCAUCGCAUCUCCUCUACAACCGUCGCCUUCCUGGGUAGUGGUGCCUUCUGGAUCAAUUCUAAGAACCACAACGACUGUCUGGAAAACUGAGAUAUUCACGCCUACCAACAUUGCGUGGUCUUCAAUUUCACCACCUAUGCUGACCACGACUGUGCUUGUAACAACUACUGCCGCAACACCUGCUGUGGGGUCUGGACCCGCGCCCGAACCUGCGCCCGCGCCCGCAGGAUCAGGGCCCGCACCCGAACCAACACACACACCAAUAGGAUCAGGGCCCGCACCAACACCCGCACCAGCAGGAUCAGGGCCCGCACCAACACCCGCACCAGCAGGAUCAGGGCCCGCACCCGCACCCACACCAGCGCCUGACAAAGCAAAAGAUGAAAAUGAAAAAAUGGGAAAGAAAGAAAGUAAAAAAGAUAAAGCUCAAAAAAGAAGCAAUCGUGCGCAUCACAAACAAAUCGUGAUGACAGGGAAAAUGCCGUCGUCUGAGGUCGUUCUAGGUAUUGUUCUGUGCUGGUUUUUCAGUGCUGCGCUGGCGAAAAGCGUCCCCGGCCAAGAUGCACCUCGUAAUUUGGUCAAGAGAGAAGCACAGAACAGCUCGGAUUCAGGAAUCUGCCAGAAGCCUAUCGACCUUGUUCUUGCUCUGGACAGCUCCGAAAGCGUCGGCGCAGAAAACUGGAUGAAGAUGAUCAACGCUACCAUCAAAUUCGUCAACCAGUUCGACGUCCGAUACACGCGCUUUGGUCUGAUCCAAUUCCACUCGAGUCCCGAAGUCCCUAUAGUCCUAUCCUCAUUUCCGGAUAACAAGACGCUAAGUGAGACCAUAGCGAAGGUAUACUACAAGGCAGGGAGCACAAGGACGGAUCUCGCGGCCAUGAAGGUGGUCGAGGUGUUCAAGGCCGCGUCUCAUCGUAAGGCCAGCAAAGUCGCCGUCUUCAUCCUCGGGGGACUCUCUACUGAUGUGUACGUCUCUCAAGGGGCAAGUAUCUGCGCGAAUGACUUGCUGAAGGAACCCGCCCAGAAGCUCAACCAAGACGGGAUAGCUGUGCUUGCUGCUGGUGUGCAGGAGAAGAUCGAAGGCGACGACCGAAAUAAGUACAAGAAGGAAAUGGACACCCUUGUCAGCGAGCCGCCGCCCGAGCACAUCGUGGAAGUCAAGAGCUUCGAUGAGCUGUUGGAGAGCAAAGCAGAGGAUUUGGCAAAGAAGUCAUGCGUGGUUAAUGGCGUCUGGGGGAGCUGGUCCGAGUGGUCUACCUGUAGUGUCACGUGUGGUGGAGGGACCCAACUGCACAUGCGCGUGUGUAACAACCCCAAGCCUGAAAACGGAGGCUUGCCGUGCGCAGGCGCAAUGGUAGAACAGCAGUCGUGCAAUAUGCAGCCUUGUGGAGACGAUGGCUUUCCUAUUGCCCUUAAACCACACCCUUCUACCUCGCCAAACGUCUCCUCUAAUGCCUCAAACAACAACGCCUUAUCUAACGUGUCUUCUAACGGGACACUCGCCAUCUUCCCGGAACCUCUACCGUCUAACGGAUCGUCAAACGCAAUAGCCUUAGCCAUGCAGACAACACCAACCCCUGCUCCUACUCCCGCACCUGCGCCAGUGGGGACUACCGCUGCGCCACAACAGGCUCAAGGUCCUGGUUCUACUGUCACCUAUGGGACCCCUGAUCCUUACACGUGCGGUAACAAGUUCGAGAAAGUCCAGCUGAUGCCAUCCCAGCUUAGCGCGUCCUCGGUGUACACGCGUGACACACAAGACAUGAGCAUAUUCAACAACCACGAACCAGCCAACGGUCUGCUGAACAACGUGCAGAGAGCCGGCGCGUGGUGUGCGGAACAUAGGUACGCCAUGUCUAACGAUCGUACCCAGUUCCUCGCGGUAGACUUGGGUGAAGCUACUCUCAUUGGCAAGGUCGCAACUCAAGGAAUGCAUCGCUAUCCCAACUGGGUCAAGUCAUUCACCAUCAACUACAGUUUCGACGCGCGUCAGUGGUCCUCUUAUCGCACGGCCUUGCGCGGUAACACGGACCAGGAUACUAUUGUGGAAAAUAUCCUGAACCCUCCGAUCCACGCGCGCUUUAUUCGGUUCAUCCCUCAGACGUGGAACACGCGGGCAGGUCCCGGCAAGAACGAUAUCUGCAUGCGCAUAGGGCUCUAUAAGUGCAGAGCAUGCUACCUGGUCCCAAUAACGCGAUGUCUGGCGAGACACUCUAAAGAUGAGCCUGAUAGCUUAUCCAAGAGGUCUAAGGUGACGAAGCCCACGGAAACACAUGAUUCUCACAAAGCGCACACAACAAUGACUUCCGACAAGAAAGGUCACUAGGCGCAACGUGUGAAUAGUAUAUGGAUGGUAUAACAUCCAAAAUCGUCACUGAAAUGCCAUCCUAUAAUAAUUCUGCGUAGUCUGCGUAGCAAGCUCAAGGGAUUAGGCCUUGGAUUAGGUAACAGUACAACCGUGUGUAAGGGAUUUGGCCUUGGAUUAGGUUACAGUACAAAAACCGUGUGUAAGGUCAUCCUUGUACAUACCCCAGGAAGAUAAUAUAUAAACUUAGAUAAGGCACGCGUUUUUGCUGUUUUAACGAAUCUGAUAACGGACCAGAGACUUCCGUUUCAUUUAGUUUGUUUAGACGUAAUGAUUUUUGAUAAUUAUUUUGUAUAAAAAUUGAUUUAUGGUAAUAAACACAGGGGGUAAUCAGGGCUAUUUGGUGGAUGCUCGAUACUUUUUUUUCUUUUUUUAACCUCGCAACAUUAUUUGCGAAACAUAUUUUCCACGCUGUCCUUACAAUAAAUGUUAAUUCUACAGCAAAAUGUUGUCCAAUAUUAAUAACAUAUAAUAUAUAAUACAUACAACAUAUAUACUAUUACACAAACUCAUGUUACACGAUAAUUACUGAAUGCAAUAAAGCGAUAUAUAUUUUUUA